AAAAACAAUGACUCGGAUAUGGUGCUAGCUCGAGGUCAAGCUGACCAACUUUAUAAAUUUGGCAUCCGAGCAUAUCCUCAGAGCAGAGCACACAACAAUCGAUUGAUCGAAGAAGAAGUCGCUUGCGCAGCGCAAUGGGUGACCUCCGCGGCAGCAUCGCCUUCUUCGGCACCUACAGGCCGCCGGUGCCACUCGACAUCUACUCGCGCCCUGCCGAUCCGGCGGCCAACUCCGACAACGAGCCGCUCCUCCUCACCGACGGCGAGUCGUACAACCACAACGGCCGGGAGAUCCCUGCGGCGGCGCUCAAGGAGCUCGUCGCGUUCCUGCGCAAGCGCGACCCCAAGACGCGCGACGCGUCCAGGGGCCUCGUCUUCGUCUCCGAGAGGGACAACGGGCUCGAGACUUUGCACGUGGCCCUGUACAGCGACGGCGAGCCGACGCCCAGGGUGCUGAGCCUGGCCGACAUCUACGGCGCCGGCACCUUCGGCGGCGUGCGCCUAGAGGACAGCGGCUGCUUCGCCGGCGGCUUCCAGGCCGGCGGCCGCACCGUCGGCCACUCGAUCAUCUACGUCUCCACCAAGGAUCCUGUGAAAGCGCGCCGCACCCCGUGGACUGUCGUCUACAAGACCAACCUUGCCGAUGGCAAGACGGAGCGCCUCACUCCACCAGAUCAGUACGAUUUGAGCCCGGCCGUGUCGCCGUCGGGGAAGAAGGUGGCGGUGGCCAACUUCCAGUUUCACCGGUGGAACGGCGAGAUCGAGCACCUGAAGACCGACAUCGUCAUCAUGAACGUGGAUCGGCAGGCGCAGGGUGGCCUGGAGCGCAAGGUCACCAUCAGGAACGCCGGCUGGCCGACGUGGGGCAGCGACAACGUCAUCUUCUUCCACCGAGCCAACACGCCUGACGAUAAGAAAAAAUUGGAUGUUUACUGGGGCGUGUUCCGGUACGACAUCAAGGCCAAGAAGGAGGAACGGGUGACACCGGAAGGCAUCGGCGCCAUGACUCCGGCGGCCAUCAGCGAGACCAGCGUGGCCGUGGCGACCCUCCGCGAGAAGUCCCCGGCGAACGUGUCGGCUGCUCCCCGUAAGAAUGUAGAACAGUACCGCCACAUCGAGAUCUUCGACACCACCUCGCCUAACUCGCCGGUGAAGAUCACCAGGGGAAUGGCUGACCACUACAGCCCCAUCGUGCUCGACGGCGGCAGCCGCAUCGGCUACCACUGCUGCAGGACCGACAAGCUCAUGCAGGACAAGAAGGGGAAUGCUGUGGCCCCAAAGAAGUUCGACAAGCUGCAGACCCCGGCGUCGCACAAGGACGUGGGGCUCUUCAGGGUGACCGGCGUGUUCCCGAGCAUUUCCAUGGAUGGCAAAAGGCUCGCCUUCGUCGACAACGAGUUCAAGGCAGUGUGGGUCGCCGACAAGGACGGCCUGCGCGUCAUCCACAAGGAGAACGGUGAGAACAAGGUCUUCUCGACGGCAUGGAGCAACAGCAAGGAGAAGACCAUCCUGUACAUCUGCGACGGCCCGGCCUUCACCCGCGCGAAGACGGUGGAGAUCAAAGCCAUCGUGAAGAAUGAGGAGACCGGUGAGUGGAACAAGCCGAACAGGCUGACCAAAGGGGAGUUCAACCAUGCGUUCCCGUCGAGCAACCACGACGGGAGCAAGUUCGUGUUCCGGUGCACGCGCGACAGGACCCACGGCCAGAGCGUGAGGAAGCAGAAUCACACGAACCUGUACAUCAUGGAGGACGCCGAGGAAGGGGAGUGGGGCGAAGGCACGGUGACGCAGCUGACCGAUGGGCCAUGGGUUGACACACACUGCAGCUGGUCGCCCAGCGGCGACUGGAUCGUCUUCUCCUCCUCCCGGGAUAAGGACCCCGACGCGCAGCCCGGCACCCUUGACGCCGGCUACUUCAGCAUCUACAUCGUCAACGCCGCCGAACGCGACCCCACCAACAAGACGAUGCCGCCGCCGGUCCGUGUCGUCCACAGCGCCGAUACCUUCAUUGGGCACGUGAACCACCCCGUGUUCAGCCACGACAUGAGGAGCCUCAUCUUCACGUCCGACCUCGCCGCGGUCUCCGUGGAGCCCAUCUCCAUGCCCAUCUUCAUUCACUCCGUCAGGCCGUACGGCGACAUCUUCUCCGUCGACCUCCGCGACGACAAGGACAUCGCAAAGAACGAGAACAUCACCGAGUUCCACCGCCUCACGCACAGCCGCUACGAGUACUCCACCCCGGCGUGGACGAAGUUCGCCACCGUCGAUCCCAAUGAGCAGUGGAACGUGCUCAAGACCAUCAGCGACAAGGGCUACGUGCCGACGUGCCCGUACCUGAAAAACGGCGCGGAGGGGUGGCAGAUGGCCGGUCACCUCACCAUCUCAAAGAGGUGCUGCUAGAGCCCGGCUGCGCGCGGCUCCAUGGCUAUCCUUCGAUCGAUCCCUUGUCUCGUUUCAUUAGUAUAUUUCCUCUCCAUGUGGCCUUUUGAUUUGAGGUUUCUUUCUGAAUUUCCACCGCCAGAAAAAUAAGAGGCAAAGCUCUGCUCUGCUCUGCUCAGCUCGCUGUUUAUUUGUCUUUACAAGGGAUUAUUGCCCGUGUCACCUUUAAUAACUAUGUGUUGCAGUUAAAAAAAUAAUGUAACGGAACGGCUUGAACUAUGUAAACAUACUUGCUGUUUGGUUGUA